AUGGGUUUCCACGUUCGCGAAGUCUGGAACCACAACCUCGCCGAAGAAAUCUCCGCCAUGGAAGAUUCCCUCCGCCACUACCCAAUCGUGUCGAUCGACUCCGAGUUCCCGGGCUGCCUCCGCCCGACGCCGCGGCACGCCGGCGAGGAGGUCCGGUUCGCCGACAUGAAGUUCAACGUCGACAGCACGGAUUUGAUCCAGCUGGGGGUCACCCUCUCCGACGAGAAGGGCACCGUCGCCGGAAUCUGGCAGUUCAACCUGGAGUUCGACCUGGACAGAGACUUGCACGCCAAGGAAUCCAUCCUGUUUUUGAAAUCCCACGGCGUCGAUUUCGAGAAGCUGAGGAGCCACGGGAUCGAGCGGAUCCGAUUCGGGGCCGCGUUCGGUGGGCUGAUACGGAGGAGGAGCAGGCCGCUCACUUGGGUCACGUUUCACGGGCUUUACGACCUGGCCUACGUUGUGAAGGUCGUGGGCCGCAGGCCCAUUCCGGACACCGCCGCGGAGUUUGGGAACGUGAUGGGGAAAGGGUUUGACGCGGUGGUGGAUGUGAAGUAUGUUGCGAGGUAUUUGGAAGGCGGCGCCGCCGUUGCCGGCGGCGAGGUCGGGCUGCAGAGGCUCGCCGACGAGCUGGGAGUGAAGCGGCGCGGGGAGGCGCACACCGCCGGUUCGGACAGUCUGUUGACGGCGCUCGUUUACUCGAAGCUGAAGAAGAAGGUGAAGCACGUCGUGGGUCUGGAUUCUUAUGUUGACUUCGUCUACGGUAUUAGCGGCAGAAUCUCGAGGCAGAGUGUUGCAGUCGGAACUACGCCGCCGAUGGUGAUUCCGUUUGGUAAUUGCCGUGUUCCGGUGUAUCGUAUUGCGGUGCCGGUGCCCGUGCCGGUGCCGGUGGUGUAUCGGAGCUGCCGUCCCCAGUAUCCAAUUCAUUAUCAGCACCGCCGUAAUGUGCCGCCGCGGCUUUCUGCGGCCGUGGGUUAUCUUGCUGCUGUUUGA